CUGCAACUCGUGUAACUAAGAAUUCUCUAAUUUGCAUUCUAAUAUGUCUAGCGCACAGAAUAAGAAGGCCUUGGACCUGCUCUUCCAACAUCCUUUGGAGCCGGUGUUCGCAACACGUGAUAACGGCAAGGCAAUACUCGAUGUGCCAGACAGUUUUUACACCGAGCAAUAUGCCGAAGUCAAGGAGGACAUACAAAAUCGUUUUGGCGAAGAGGUCGAUGUGAAGAUACCCAUUAAAGAUUUGCGACUGAAACCAAAUUUGGAUUUCACCAGCUUACUCACCAAACGCAGCCAGUUCUCACUCUUCUAUGCACCACAUCGACGCAUUGCCGCACAGUUGAUACAAUUGUUGCUGGAGCCCAACAACGAAGAGGAUUUCAUUGCAUUGGCUGCUUAUGUGAAGGAUCGUGUCAACGCUUUCCUCUUCCAAUAUGCCUUCGCCGUGGCUGUGCAACAUCGCAAGGAUACCGCUGGCUUUCAGGUGCCAGUGAUUGUAGAACAAUUUCCGAAGAACUUUGUUGAACCAUCAGUGUUUCAAGACGCACGCGCCGAGGGUAAAUUGGUACCUGACCCAGGUAAUCGGCGACGCAUCGAUAUUCCGCAAAACUUUACCGCCUCCGAUCGUGAAGAGGAGCAACGUUUGAGCUACUUCCGUGAGGAUAUUGGCGUUAACAGUCAUCACUGGCAUUGGCAUUUGGUCUAUCCCGGUUCGGGUCCCGAGGAAGUUGUGCGCAAGGAUCGGCGCGGUGAACUCUUCUACUACAUGCAUCACCAGCUGAUGGCACGUUAUAAUGUGGAGCGAUUCUGUAACGCUUUAGCUAAGCUGCAGCCUUUGAACAAUAUACGUGAACCCGUCGAUGAAGGUUACUUCCCGAAAAUAUUGUGCAGUCUCAAUAGUCGCACCUACCCGGGACGUGUGUCCAAAACGAAGUUAAAAGAUAUUGACCGUGAUGGACGUGUGUUAGAAUUGGCUGAUAUUGAGCGUUGGAUUAAUCGUGUAGUGCAAGCUAUCGAUCAAGGUUACGUAACAGAUUCUCGCGGCAACAACCUUCCACUGGACGAAGUUAAGGGCAUCGAUUUACUCGGCGAUAUUAUUGAGUCUUCCGACCUCUCAGUCAAUUCUGGCUUCUAUGGUGAUCUGCAUAAUCAGGGACACAAUGUCAUUUCAUUUUCACACGAUCCCGAUAAUCGCUUCUUGGAGGACUUUGGUGUUAUGGGCGAUGUUACAACUGCUAUGCGAGAUCCCAUUUUCUAUCGCUGGCAUGGUUAUUUGGACGUGCUUUUCAAUCGUUUUAAGGAGAAGUUGCCUCUCUAUGGGCCACAGGAGUUGGGUUAUGAUGGCGUGACUGUACAACGUGCUGAUGUGCGUAUCAUAAGCGCAUCGAAGAAUAUCAUAAACACACUGCUAACCUAUUGGGAAAAAUCCGAUGUAGACUUGGCUGCCGGUCUUGAUUUUGGACCAGGUGGUAGUGUUUAUGCGCUAUUCACACACUUGCAACACUCACCAUUCGAAUAUUUGAUUGAGGUGAAUAACAAUACUGGCGCACCGAAGCGAGGCACUUGCCGAAUUUUCCUCUGUCCCAUCACUGAUGAGCGUGGCACACCAUUAAGUUUGAAUGAGCAGCGUCAGCUUGCUAUCGAGCUGGAUAAGUUCACCGUGAACUUAAUGCCUGGCGUCAAUAAAAUCAAUCAAUCCUAUGACAAUUCCAGCGUGACCAUACCCUAUGAGCGUUCCUUCCGUCGCAUCGGCACCGGACACUUGCCAAAUGAUCCCCAGAAAUUAGCAGAAUUCCGUUUCUGCGGCUGUGGUUGGCCCGCACAUAUGUUAUUGCCAAAAGGUAAGCCUGAGGGUAUGCCAUUCGAGCUAUUUGUUAUGAUCUCUAACUAUGAAGGCGAUGCAGUGGUACAAAGAAAUAAUGCUCCCGAUGUUUGUGGUGAUGCUGCUUCAUUCUGCGGUCUCAAGGAUAAAUUGUAUCCCGAUAAGCGUGCCAUGGGUUAUCCUUUCGACAGGCGCUUACCAGCUGAUACAUUGACAGCAUUGACAGACAAUUUCAGUAACAUGAAGAAGACACCGAUCAAGAUACUCUUCCGUAAUGAGGUCGUCGAUAGGAAGCGUAAUUAGGGCAUUAGCGAUGGGAAUUAAAUAGAGGAGUUUAAUUUCUAUUUGAAAUUACUAUUAGCUCCCAAAUUUUAUAAUUUAACUCUAAUUUACUGUUAAUUCUUAUGCAAAACGUCAUUCGAAACUCUAUGAAGAGAUUUACAAUAAAAU